AUGACUGAAGAGGGUUUUGAACACGAAAGUGGUUGUUUUCGAGUUCAAUCAAACAGCAGCCUUUUAGAGACGAGUACCAAGAAGGGAAUUACAUGUGAUUGGAGCGGAACAGUUGCCAACAGUCAAAUGAAUUUCACAUGGAAAUUCGAUUGGAAUGAACUCAAAAGUCAAGGAGUCGAUGAGAUCACUGGACACAUCACUGUCUUGUCAAAAAACAAUUGGUUCACUGCAGUGAGAAUCUAUGUUGAACUGUCUGAAAAUAAUCAACUCAUUACACAUCAAAUUCCAUCUCCACAUAAUUAUGACGAGGUCCGUUACGUGUAUUCACUCACUUCCCAUUAUGCUCCGGUUACUGAAAAGCGAGAUUACGAUGAGAUGUUUCUGCCAUCCGAUCAGAAUGAUACGAUUCUGUUCCUCUCCUACCACUCCGAGUACUUCCGCGCUCUAUUUUCAUCGAAUUUCAAAGAAGGACAAAUGGAUGAAAUUCCAAUCGGAGAAGUUUCUUACGAAGAUUUCGUUCUUCUUCUCAGCACUUUCUACCCAAAUCCAGUGUUCCCAACUGACAAGACUGUCGAGAAACUUCUGGAAUUGGCGCGUCGUUUUCUGGUUUCUUCAGUUAUCAACAUCAUCGAAUAUCAUCUUCUAAACAAUUCGAAAAUCAAUAGUGAGAAGAUGUUGUGGAUGGCUGAUGAGUAUGUGAUGCCAAAACUUCUGGAGAAGUGUAUUCGUGAACUAAAUUCUAUGGAGAAAGCAAAGAAAUUGGAAAAAUCUCCGGAAUAUGAGAAAUUGUCGGACAGUGCCAAAGCGAAAGUGCUCAAUCGUCUCAUCAAAAUGAUUUAA